CCAUCCUGUGCCAGGGGGGAUCCAGUCCUCCUCCUCCUCCCUCCCCAUUUCGCCCCCUUCUUUGGGGCACCAAGCCAGCCACGCGCUCCCUGGUCCCACCCACGGGGCCAGAUGCCAAGGGCAGGGCUGGGUGAAUGUGGUGAUGCGAUGGGGAUGAACUGAGUCGAGUUGGUUAUUUUAUAUAUUUUUUUCAAAAAGGAAGGAAGAGGAGGAGGAGGUGGUGGUGGUGGUAAAGAGGGCGAGGGGGUGAAGUCAGAAGAGGAAAGUUCAGGCGCAAGAAGAGCCGAUCCCGAAAAGAGACCCCCAGGAAACAUCCAGCAGGUCUCACAAUGGGCUUCCUCCUCUUUGCAGUCACAGCCCUCCAUGUCCUGAUUCUCAUCUUACUCUUCGUAGCCACAUUGGACAAGUCAUGGUGGGUCCUCCCUGAUAAAGAAACAGUUAACAUCUGGUAUGAUUGCGUACUGAAUGACACCACACACUCUUGGUUGUGUCACUCAGUGUCCGAAAGUGCAUGGCUUCAAGCAGUCCAAGCCUUCAUGGUUUUAAGUCUUCUCUUCUCCAGUUUUGCCUUCAUUAUCUUCAUGUGCCAGCUCUACACCAUGAAGCGAGGAAGUCUGUUUUAUGCCACUGGAGUUUUUCAGAUUCUUACUGCUAUCUCCGUGUUCACAGCCGCUGUGAUCUACACUGUUCAUGUGGAUGAAUUCCAGGAUAAACGGAUGCCAGGAGGCUCCUUUGGCUACUGUUUUGUGCUGGCGUGGCUCUCCUUCCCCUUGGCAGUGAUCAGCGGAAUCAUUUACAUCCACCUUCGAAAGAAGGAGUGACCCUCAACUGGGAGAUCUCUCCAUUUGCCUUGAAAAGGGGUCCCGUUCUCCUCUGAAUUUAGCUAUGUCUUAACUCUUUUGCUGUUUCCAAAGGCAAUCAUGGUACAAAAUCCUACACGAUCCACUGGGGUUAUUUGCACUGUGAGUGAAUAACCUCUGCUCUGCGUGUUAUCAUGUACUUCACAUGAUAGGGCAAGUUAAAGGUGUGCCACCUUACCCUGGGCAUUCCCUGGCCUUUUGAGGUAUUUACAUGCAUUGCGCAUGUGAAUUGUUUGCUGGCAGAAUGAAGUGCCAUGGUAUUCAGGGAACAUAUCUCUGGUGUUCUCUGGCUAGAAAUGGUUGCUUUGUUCCUUUAAAAAAUUAUAUACAUGAGAAUAGAGAACCAACUUUUGCUUUUCCAAACUUUCCAUUUUUUAAUAAAAUAAUAUUCCACAGUGUGGCCAAGAACCAACCCUUACCUUUAAUACCUAUUUUGAAAAGAAGAAUGUGUAGGUUGUGUGGGUCUAUUUCCAAAAUAUUUGUUUUCAACACUGCAAUGUAGAAAUUAUUCCAACAUAAGCUUGUUUUAAAAGGGGGCUCAUAUUUAAUAUGUUUGAAACUCAUGCUGAAAGAUCAGGUGGGCUGAGAUGUAGGAAAUUGAUAAAUUCUAAUAGAAAGUCCUAAAAUCAUUUACAUUUUGGAGAAGAAGAAGAGAUAGAAAAUGAGUAUGUUUUGUGCACAGCAGAGCUUUUCAUGAACUCAAAAUCGGAAGCAACUAUCAACUGUUGAAAUAUAUGUGAAGAUAACACAACUCUAAUUCGGCUAUAGAAAUUACUCAUAGCGUUGAGUUUCAUUUUCAUUAUGGUAACAUAAGGGUGUUUUGAAAUUACACACACUUUGAAAACAACAUCAGCAGUUCAGGUGUUAACUUGACAUAUUUGAGAGUGCAACCUAAAAAUAUAAAGGGGUGAUAAUGUUUGCAAAUAUAUUUUGCUUACUGAAGGAACCACGAUUGGCUGUAAUUCUUUGUUUACUGACCCCUCAAUUGGCCAAUCUGUUUGCCCUUGUGUAAUAUGUGAAAUAGCUCUGAGAAAGAUAUUCUGGUUAUGUGCAUUUCGUUAGAGCAGAGACAUAGGCAACAACCAUCAUAGCUCCCUUCCCAUCUUGCAUUCCAACUAAGUGUUUUCCUACUCUUUCUCGCUAAGUAUGAGUCCAUAGUGGUACUGAAAUUAUAAAAAGAUGGCAUGGGCUGGGGAAACCAAGCUCAUAAUUUCAGCUCCACUUCUAAAACUGGGGAGAUCCUGCCUGCCUCCUUCUACAGCAGUGCUUCCCAACCUUUGGUCCUCCAGUUGUUUUGGACUUCAACGCCCAGAAACCCUAGCCAGCUUACCAGCUGUUAGGAAUUGUGAGAGCUGAAGUCAAAAAUACCUGGAGGUCCAAAGGUUGAGAACCACUGUUCUGUAGACAUCCCCAAUAUGAUGGCUUCCUGAGAAGUUGGAGUACAGCUCCCAUUAUCUCUUAACCAUGGAUAGAGUUGUAGUCUGACACAACCGGAGGGCACCAUGUCGGGCAAGCCUGCCCUACUAAUUGCACAAACAGUUGUAAUUAGAAUUGAUUUUGCUCUUCCUGUUGCCUUAAACGGGCAGUUUGCUUCCUAGUCUCAAAAACGGGUUCCUUUCAUGACAUAUCUAUAACCGAAAUCAGUAUUGUACGUCCUGACCUCCCCAUGUCCCCUUUUAUCAUCUUGAUGUGGCCUUUUUAUAUUUUAUAUGCAUUUUAAGAAUAAAAGUAAUUAUAAAUCAA